UAUAUAUAUUUUUUAUGUAAUUAAUAUUUCAAAAUAACUGUCAUAUUAAUAAAUAUUUUUUUUUUUUUAAGUAAAUAUUUACCCUAUUUAAUAUAAUAUAAACCAUUACAUUUCGAAAUAAUAAUGUCUUCAAAUUUCAUCAAAAAAGAAAACACCAGUGAAAUAAUUCAAGCUAAUUUAUUGAAGUAUACAUUUCUUGCCAAACGACAAGAAUUACAUAAAAAUGUAGUGCCCAUGAAGUACCGUAACAACAAUAAACUAGCAAUUGUACGACUAGAAAAUGAACAGACCAACCUUUUGACAAACCUUAAUAUUGCAUUAUCUAAAUCAAAAAUGAAACAUGAUAAAAAAAACAGAAAAGCUAUCAAUAAACUAUGCAAUAAAAAAACACAAGCAUACGAAAAUCUUCAACUUUUCAAUAGGUACUUAGGUGUUUUAAAUGAAGAAAUUCGUCUUAGCCAAAUUAAAAAUUCAGAAAAAAAUGAAUAUUUAAAAAACCAAAAAUCGAAAACUUUCAAAGAACCAAAAAUAAAUUGUAACCUGAACAAUGUGUUAUUUAGACAUACCCGUAUUUACAACAGUAAAGUCAAAGAACAAAAAGAGUUAAGGCAUACAUUAGACGGAUUAAUUCAACAAUUAGGGAAAAAAAAAGAAAAAUAUGAUUCGAUAAUGUAUCAACUAAAUAAAGCAGCUAAACUUUUAAAACGUGUUGGUGAAAAUGCAUUAAAAUCUAACAAAGAUAGGGAGCAAGCGCAUAUUAAUUUAUUAGCUUUUCAAGAAACUAGUAGGAUGGAAAAAAAACAACGAGGAUUGAGAAUGUAUAUGGCAGAAUAUAAAUUUAAAAACGACCUUGAAAGUUGCGAAUUUCUUCAAAGAAAACAUGGCGAACGUUAUAAUAGUCAAGUUAUUUACAAUGGUAAAGAGGAUAUUAAGGAAAACAAAAUACAAAAUGAUAACGAAGAACUUAUAACAUUAAUGAAACACUUGGUUCACAUAAGUGGAGAUACUGAUUUAAAAAUGAUUGUAGAGAAUGUAUUAAAAAUCAAUUAUAAUAAAAAGAGUUUAUUUCGUCAUUUAAUGUUCCUAGAACAACAAUGUUUGGAUUUGGAAAAUUCUAUAAACCACGAUCAAAAUAUUGCUAUUGAUAAGAAAAUAUUAAAUGAUAAUAGGAUAAGCCAUAACGAAUGUAUAUUAAAACAAUAUUUUGAGACAGUCCAAACAAAUGGUCGAGUUUUAAAAUCAACACAAGAUUUAACGGAUAACAUGAAAAUAAUGUACGAAGAGUUAUGUGAUAAGAUCUACACGUAUAUAUGUCGACCUUUAAAAAUUAAAAUAAAUGAGCCAUUAAAUGAAAAAAAUAUUUUGGAAUAUAUGACAGAAAUAGAAAAUAAAUCAUAUGAACUUCUAUAUAAAAUAAACUGCAUUGAAAACAGCUGUAUAACUGGACAAACUGAAGAUCCAAUGACAUCCGAUGGAGAAUCAACACAAAAUCUAAUUAUUAAAGAUUAUAAUGGCAUAGAAGUGAAAAUGCAUCAAAUUCUCCAGAUGGAGGAAAUCGAUUCAACACAGCAUUUGCUUGAUAAUGGUCUUAAUAAUUCACAGACGUUAACUACAUGCCAAGAGAAGCAAGCCGGCAUCGUACGGAUGAAGUCUAUUCUCAACGUAUAGAAGUGUAUAAGUGAUAAAAUAGAAAGAAAAAUUGAAAAAUAAACAGGGAUGAGAAUAUAAUUCUUGAAAGUGAAUGAGCUGCUAAAAUAGAUACAUGGAAAUUAUGAAAAAUAAUUGGUCAAAAUUUAAAACAUAUAUAAAUAUAAAUUACUUGGAUAGUUUUAUACAUACACAUACAAUAUUAUUACUAAACAAUAUAAUAAAGCUAAAACUAAUUUUAUA